AUGAGAUCAAAUGGGGUUGAAAAUCUGAGAACGUUGUGGCAUAGGUUCCGAGAUGCGAAUGAUGACAUUGAUGAGGAGAAUGAAACUAAAAUGGGUGACUACCUAGGCCUUCUUCAUGGUCCAUGUGCUCCACUCUUCCACGGGAUGAGCCACAGAGCUCUCCUCAGAUUGAACUUUUCUUCUCUAAGACCAUCUCCAACAUUGGGAUGGAAACCCAAAUUUUUGUCCAAUCAAAAAGAAGUGGAAAAAGUUGGUCAUGUGAAGAGGAAAAAGAAGUGGGCCCCUCGUGACAACAAAGUUGUCUGGGCAACAUCCCUUUUAUGCGACACAUGGCAGCUUCAGGAGAGAGAGACAUUGGAAUCCAAUGGCUGA